AUGUUGGCAAGACGAUGGAUAUAUCCUCUGCCCCUACGAUGUACCCCAGAGCAUAGAGCCCACAAGUUUGGUACAUGGUGUGGUAUUAACAAGGAUGGUAGGGUUGGUACCGUAUUAAAUUUAAAGCUUGAUCAAGGUGCUCAACGCGGACAUCCACUACAUCUAAGUUCAAGAGGUAAAGUACCUACAGCCUUUCUUUCACAGCAUGAUUUGGACUGGGAACAAUGGAAUUCGUAUAAUAAGUUUGCCAAUCAGUUUAGUGAAUUAGAUAAUACAGGUGAUUUCAACUUCUUCUAUGGUGAUUGUAAAAAUGGGCAAUACAAAAUCAUUGAUUCUCUCCGUCAGACCCAUGACGUAUUGACCAAUAAUGAAUCGCAAGACGACAGUUCAUACAUGGUGGUCUCCAACGAUGUAUAUCGAUACCAAGGUGAAGAGACGUGGCCUAAAGUCCAGUUGGCUAAAAAGAAUCUGCGUAAGCUUAUUGAAGACAAUGUAAAUGAAGAUCAAGAUAGUUUCAUAUCGAAAUGCUUCCAGGUGGCAUCCACAAGUCCUGGGUUGGAUUGGCAAUCCGAAGAACUGUUAAAAAGUUCUGAUGUCACAAAGCAAUCUAUAUUUGUACCACCUUUGAAAUUUCCACCCGAUUUGAAUCUAGGUACGACUACACAUGCAGGAUUUUAUGGAACGAGAUCUCAAAUUGUUCUGCUAGUGAGUAAAGAUCGUCAGAAGGUUACAUUUGUAGAAAGAGUACUCCACAAUUCAGAUGAGCAAGUCUCUCAAAGAUCUCCAGAUCAUCCUGCUGAGCAACUAAAAUUCCAGUUCGAUUUAAACUAG